UCUUGGGGAGGAGGAGGAGGCCUGGAGAGCGGAGGUCACCGACUCACCGUACAGAAGGCAGGCUCAGGCGUGAUCUGAGGGGGAAAAGAAUCCUGCCCCGUCCAGCUCUCAGGCUCUGGGAUGGUGCCCACUGGCAGGUGGUGGUUCAGGGCAGCUGAGUAACAGAGACAGGCAGAGCCCCCCCAGAUGGGCUGUUAGGCACAGAGUGCUGGAGAUGCAGCGAGGAGACAGGGCACAGAGCCGGACAGCAGGGGGCACAGAGACGGGGCCCACCGAGAUCAAAGCUGUGAUCGUGGGGGACGGGGGCUGUGGAAAGACCUCCCUGCUCAUGGUCUUCGCCAAGGGGGAUUUCCCCAGGGUCUAUGUCCCCACCGUGUUUGAGAAGUACUCUGCCUCCUUCCAGAUUGGUGGCAAGCCGGUGCAAAUCAAUCUGUGGGACACAGCAGGGCAGGAAGAUUACGACAGGCUCCGUCCCCUCUCCUACACAGGAUCCCAUGUGAUUCUCAUGUGCUUCGAUGUCACCAGUCCCAACAGCUUUGACAACAUUCUCACAAAGUGGUACCCGGAGGUGAAUCACUUCUGCAAGGGUGUCCCCAUCGUGCUGGUGGGCUGCAAGACUGACCUGAGGAAGGACAAGGUCCUUCUGAGGCGGCUCCACGAGGACCGGCUGGAGCCCAUCACCUACCACAAGGCGGAGGCUAUGGCCCGGGAAGUGCAUGCCGUCACCUACCUCGAGUGCUCGGCCAAGUACCAGGAGAACAUCACCAACAUCUUCACAGAGGCCUCCAAUGCUGCCUUGAGCGCCAUGCAGAAAAGCCAGCGCAAACGGAAACCCAAGAGGAGCUGCCUGCUCUCCUAGCCGGCUCCAC